GACAACCUACUGAAGUACCAGACCGCCUGGUUAAAAACUGGACUCAAGGCAACCCUACUGAUUCUUUCUGUUUCGGCUCACCACAAGUCCCGGUUUGACCAGGAUUGGCCAGGUUUAGCUAUGUUGUCCCGGUCAGUUUAAAUUAUGACCCAGUCUGAAUUGAUCCAAUCUGACAAAGUUAGAUUUUAGAAUUGAAUAGCCAAUUUAGAGUAACACGGCAAUCAAUCUAAAAUUCAACUUGUAAAGACUGGGAGGGGGUCGGGGGUGGCUUGCAUUACACCACCAAACGCAUUUGUUUAUGUUAUAAUCAACAAACAUUAUACUGACUCCACUAUCAGCACAAUAGCGAUUACCCAUCUAUUUUAUAUAAUUAAGUUGUUUUUGGCACUGUUCUAAUUUACUUUAUGUUAAUUCUUCUGGCUUUACGCAAAAUUCUGACUGGAGAGGAGAAAAUUCAUGGUAUCUUGAACUAAAUCUAACACACAUGCUGUAGUAGGUAGCAAUUCAGACCUUUUUAUUAUACUUUCAUACCAGGUUCAACUACCAAAUAAGUAUAUGGAAAUAAUUAACAAACCACUGAGCAGUUGCUGCUAUUAAAUAAUCACACUACUUGUAGACUAUUAAAUACAAAUUAAUAGAGCUGAGAUGAAUAGCAGGCAUGCCAAAUAAUUAAUUCUAUAGACUUUAUUUAAGUCUAAGUUGUCAUAAUAAAUACAAAAAAGACAAAACAGAUGCAUUGAAAAAAAUGUUAUUUCCAAUGUUUAGAUUAACUUAGUGAGUAAUUAAACAACCCUUAAAAAAUAGUUUUUCGUAUAAUUCUUUAUAAAAUGUAAUAUCGAGAAUUGUGUGUGUGUGUGUGUAUGCGUGGGUGGGUGGGGGGCUACAAAUUUGACAAAAAAUGCAUAUAGUAUAAGUAAAGCACUUUAUAAUAAUCCCUUUUAGUGAGUGCCCCCACCCCCAAGGCACGUAACCUUAAUUUAUUUUCCCGCCCCUGAAAUAUAUUGAUAAUAUAAUGACCCAUCCGCUUUCACACCGCAGAUUUAUUUCACCAACUAUUUCAGAAAAAACAAAAGAAAAUAUUACGCAUCAAACGCACUUGCGAUAUUUAUAAUUUUAAAAAAAUGGAAUCUCAUAUAGCGCAGUUAGGGGGAAUUUUGGCAAUGAAUUCAGUGUUAUCAUAUUACCUUCAUCGUCCCUUUGAAAAUCAGAAAAAAAAACAGGAUCUUUUGGGGGUUGGGGUGGGGCUUAAAAUUGGAAAGAAUGUGUUGCAAUCGACAAAGAGUCUAUGUGCGAGGUUUCAGCUCGAUAGGUUAACGGAAAGUGAGUCUAUUAGCCGUCCGAAGAUCGUGCUAGCCAGCCAGCCACAAGCAAAAAUAAUAUAAAUGAUUUUUAAAAAAUGUGAAUGUUCAUAUUUGUUUUCUCCUGCAAUGCAGCUUCCAGUCUGUUCAUUAAGUAUUUAUCAUCAUUAUUUUGCAAUCAACAGUCGAGAGUGAAUCAUCAUAAAAUAAUCACUCGAGAUUCAACAAAAUGGCUGACGAAUUUUCAAAAGAUCAAGAUGAAAUCUACAAGGCCACCGUUCUUCUUCUGGAGGUCUUCCCUGAGGCUGAACUGACGACUGUUGCAGAGGCCGUGAAACGCGCAGCCAGUGUUUCGGGCGGGAGAGCGUACGAUAUUCUUGUAGAGCAGGCUGUCGCUAUCUAUUUGGAAUUAGGUCAGAAACUUUUACAUUGAAAUCAAUGAAGUUAUUAUUUUUUUCAUUCUUUUUUUAUUAUAUUGAUUUUUAACCCCCCCCCCCACCACCACCCCCUUUUUCCUUUUCGUCGCUUAAUUGAGGUCACAAACUUUUAAAUUGAAAUCAAUAAAGUUAUUAUUUUUUUCCUUCUUUUUUUAUUAUAUUUAUUUUUAACCCCCCCCCCCCACCACCACCCCCUUUUCCUUUUCGUCGCUUAAUUGACAAGGAAAAUAUGGAGCUAAAAAAAGUUUAGAAGAAAAAAAAUCAAUAUAAAUCUCUUAUAUGCAUAUUUUGUUUACAUUUACGUAAUAGUACGGGAUUUAUCAUUUUUCAGAGAAGUGUUUAUGUAAAUGGGUAAACUUCUGACGAAAACACGUUCCAUACUUCCUCCAUUUCCCUCCUCAAAAACACGUUUUAUUUUUACUGCACACCCAAUUACGUCGCAAAUACUACUGACAUAGCAACAGCUACACAAUUAAUCUCCGCACCAUGAUACGAACCCCUUUGACAAAGCAUUUCAUUCGUCACUCCUUGAAAAAACAUGAUAAAUUGGUUUUAGGGUUUCGGGCUGGGGGCUGAAAAUUUGAAAAAAUGCGUUGUCAUCGGCAAAGGGUCUGUUUAAGCUCGAUAGCAUGACGGGAUUUGGGUCAUAUUUUUUGCCACAAACACGAACGCACGAACAAAAGCGAGAUUAUUAUAAAGGAUUUAAACAUAAAAUAUCAAUUGCUUUCUCUUUCAUUUUUCUAGCGACUCAAUUUUGAAAAUAAAAAUUAAAUGUUUCAUGAACUACAGGACAACGUGCACCAAAAUCAACCAAAGACACACUAUUGCACCGCCCAGGGCACUCGCGGGUGAGCCUGCCACCAAGCACUCAAAAGUCUUCACCUGAUGUGUAUAAGAGCCUUAAGGAACCCAGCUCAUCAAUCCCAAGCAUGGAUAGAAAUAAAUGGACCACUGCCUUAGGGAGGGUGCCCCCACGUGAUCUCAAAGUCUGCACAAGCGGCAUCAACGAAACUAAGAAUUGUUUAUUCAAUCGUUUCGAUAAAAAUAAUUCAUUACAAGAUUACGAGGACAUACUGCCAUUCGAGGUUACCCCAAAUUGCUUACAAUGUAAAGAAAUUAGAUUGAAAGAAGAUUUUAGAAAUCAAAAUGUCUUAUCGAGAAAAGGAAAUUGGAAUAACCUACACCAAACUUUACCAACAAUGUCACAUGGAAUGUCAGAAAGUGACAGUUCAUCAGUGGAUGACAGCGUGACCCCUGUACAAAAGAUUCAAUUUAAGAGCUCUCUUAAGCAUCCGGCAAAGAGUUCUAAAUCCAAAUUUUCUAGUAAAAAUUCUGAAACAUGUGCAUAUGAACAAACAAAAAUUGCAUCAACAACUAACCCUUCCCCCAACAGUCCUAUAUCCGAUAAACAAACAGGUAGUGGUGAAACGUCCAUGGAGUUAGGAACAAGUAGAACCCUAUCUGAAUCUACUACUUCAAUGACACUAAAACGUUCUCAUGGUAAAACUGUUUUAGGAUCUCCUCCCUGUGUUCCCAGUAAGAAAGCAAAACUUGAAACGAUAAAUUCAGAAAUGGCCAAUGAUGAUGACUGGCCUGUCUUGGUGCCUUGUAAGUCUUGUAAGACUCCAAAGAAGAAAGUAAAUACAUGGUUAAACCCAAGGAGCGGCUCAAAAAAGAAAAACAACUUCAUAGAUUUGACUGAUGACAUGUAUGUCAGAGAUCCAGUAACUGUAGGCUCCUUCCCCAACACUGUCAGAAAUUUUGAUGCUGGAAAGCUGCAUCAAGAAUUAAUGUCCAAGUUCAAUGACCCUGGUCCAUCUGAGAUAGCAACUUCUACGACGGCAGAUUCCAACAGUGUCUUAGCACACUCUUGUUCUCUCCAAAGUCUUGAAGCUGAUGCACAAUCCCAAACAUCUCCUUGGUUAUUCCAGUCACAGAAAGGAACUGAUCCAAUGGUAGCAGAGCCAACGAGUAGCUCAUCUUUGGAAACAAUGGGGUUAUUAGAGAUGUCUUCAUCUCCUCGAGAAAACAUAAGCAUACGUGAUCAAGGUGGUACUAAACCGAAUGACACAAUCCCAGCAGUCCAAGAAUUAUCCACAGAAGAAGCAAAUCAAGAAUUCAAACAAAUCGACAUCCCCAUGCCCGAUACUGAUAGUUCAGUGGGGCAAAACACGGCUGGGAAUUAUUAUGGCAACAGCCACCUAAAAGACGCAGCGAAUCAUUGUUUUGAUAACGUUUCACAAACAUCAUCUGCUCAGAGUCAAAAUGCUGUCAUGGAUAAACAUUUUCUGAUGACAGAGAGCAAUACGCUUCAAUCAGGUAUCCUCACUUGUUCUAAAUUUAAAGAAAAAUGUAACCAACCUUUUUUUGUAUUCACUCUUUCCUUCAAAUCAAGUUUUAAAAUAUAUUUUUCAUUCAUUUAAAUGGUGAAAUGCUUUCAAAAUAUUUGAUUUUCGCAAGAAGUUUAACUUUUGAAUUUUACCUUAUCAGAAUAUAAGGGGAUAUGAGAAAGCUAUGAUCAGGGGAUUUAAGCCAGAAGGUGUCUGCAACCCUAUAGUGUGUGAGAGGCAGUGUCCGGUGGGUCGGUAACACACAGAUAUUCAAGUUUAUUUGUAAUUUUAUUUGAAAUUUUAUGGUUGGUGGCUGUGGGAGGGGUGGGGGGUUGGAAAAAUAUGAUUUGAAAUCGAUAUUGGUGUGCGAGAAAUGUAUUGAAAUCAAAGAGAGGGUGCAUCGAUGCAAAAAUGUAAGGACCCCUGCCCUAAAAACUGAAGAAAAAUGAAGGAGAAAAAAAACAGGAUUUGCCCUUAUAGUUAUGACCAUAUCUAAUAGACUACAAAUUAUAGUGGUGCAAAGAACCAACGGCAAAACUUGUGCGACUGCCUGAUCUCUCUGCUAAAUGAUAGUCAUAUUUUUAUAAUGUGGAAGUGUGGCGCAAUAUUCUUAUUUCUAUCCAGGUCAUGCUAGAGCAGUGCUCAGCAACCUGUGGCUCAAAAGGAGCAGGCGUCUCUAGGAAUGAAGAAAUGCUGCGGCUCUUUGGUUUGUUUAUCUAUAAUUCAUUUGAAACAAUUCGACACUGAAAGUGGCUCCCAAGAGCAAUCCUUUUUUUUCUUUUUUAAAUGGCACUUCGCUCAAAAAACCUGAGCUAUACCACAGUUGUCUUAUAGUUCAUUUCCUCUACCUUUCUUUCAUUUCUAAAAUGUGUAAAUACACUGCCGAAAGGAUGUUUUAGGAAUAUGAGUCCAAUAGAACCAUGCACUCGGCUCUGAAUUACCUAUAUGCCCAGGAGGAUAUGCUAAAAUAAUUGUAUGAUGCUCUGACAGACUCCGACGUCCUGGAAUGUAGUGCAUGCUCAACACCAAGAGUUGAGCACAAAUGUGUGAGUUGUAGUGCUGGGCACAUAAUUUGUAAGUCCUGUGUUGAUGAGGAAAUCCAGAGUGUUAUGCUGUCCAAGGUUAAGGUCAGUUUCCAAUUCUCAAUGAAGCUUCAUAAAAAUAAUGUUUGUAUACAUUUGUGUAUUAAGAAUCAUGAUGAAAACAAUUAUGUUAUUAUAGUCAAAUAUGAGCUUUAAACUACUUUUUAAGUUGAACAUCUAGCGUUGGUUUUGUCAACAGGUUUCGUCUUCAGCCCAAUUGCAACUGAAUAUGGUGAAAAAAAAGAAAUAAUUGCCUAUUUAUUUAAAAAUUAUGAGAAGUAUGGGAGACAACUCGGGAUUGAUAUUUCACUUGACCAAGCAAAAAAAAAAAAGUAUGAUUAGCAGAUCUUGAAUAUCUUCUUAAGGUUAACAUUGGCCUUCCAAACAACAGCAUCACUCCCAGCAACACUUCCAGCAUCCCUCCCAGCAUCACUCCCAGCAUCACUCCCAGCAUCACUCCCAGCAUCACUCCCAGCAUCACUCCCAGCAUCACUCCCAGCAUCACUCCCAGCAUCCCUCCCAGCAUCACUCCCAGCAUCCCUCCCAGCAUCACUCCCAGCAUCCCUCCCAGCAUCACUCCCAGCAUCACUCCCAGCAUCCCUCACAGCAUCACUCACAGCAUCCCUCCCAGCAUCACUCCCAGCAUCACUCCCAGCAUCCCUCCCAGCAUCCCUUCCAGCAUCACUCCCAGCAACACUUCCAGCAUCACUCACAGCAUCCCUCCCAGCAUCACUCCCAGCAUCCCUCCAAGCAUCACUCCCAGCAUCACUCCCAGCAUCCCUCCCAGCAUCCCUCCCAGCAUCCCUCCCAGCAUCCCUCCCAGCAUCCCUCCCAGCAUCACUCCCAGCAUCCCUCCCAGCAUCCCUCCCAGCAUCACUCCCAGCAUCACUCCCAGCAUCCCUCCCAGCAUCCCUCCCAGCAUCCCUCCCAGCAUCACUCCCAGCAUCCCUCCCAGCAUCCCUCCCAGCAUCACUCCCAGCAUCCCUCCCAGCAUCCCUCCCAGCAACACUUCCAGCACCCCUCCCAGCAUUCUAGCAGUGCAUCCUUCAUUCAUUUCAGAAAUCUAAAAUGUAUACCGUAAAGUGCUGGACUCUAAUUUUUUAAGACCAUUUAUAUGCUUCCUUACUGCAGAUAUUUACUUCAUACAUAUCCCAUGACAAAGAACCAUUUAUUUGUUAAUUCCAUUUAUUAAAUGUAAUAAAUUGUUUGAGGUCAUUCAACUUUCAGCCUCACACCCAAUGAGCCAAAAACAUAAAAUGUUUCCAUCAUCUAAUAUUUGAUACUGUAAUAAUUUUUUUUAUCUUUUAAAAAAUAUCAAAUUUUGUGUGUUCUACAGAUGGGUUUGUUGUGCACAGCAGAGUCCUGUCAAGAGCAACUUUGUUUGAGUAUGUAAAACAUUUGAUAGGCCUAUAUUCUGUUAAAUUUACAUUAAUUCUUUUAAUGAAAAAAAAAAUUAUAUCAACAAACUGCCUUGAUCUUUUUCUUUCCCAUUUUUAAAUUAAAGAAAUCCAUUAUUAUUAUGGAUAAUAAUAUCUGUCUGCUUCGUAAGUAAACCACUUUUUACUAGGCACAAUACUAUCUCAUUUGAAGCUAAACCAGUUAAAUUAGGAUUACGGUUGAAAACUGGAUGUCAGAUCUUACAAUGAAUUUCAAAAUGUUCCGAACAGCAAAGUAAGAGAUACAUAAAGUAUUAGCAAGCAGGAUUUGAAAUCUAUUUUUAGGACUGUCGAAGGAACUCUCUUCCCUGUUACGUUAGUGAUUAACCUACCGUUGUUCAAUUUUUAAAGUCUUAAAAUAUUCUCUUUAAAAAGUGGUAAAAAUAAUUCGUUUUUUUAAAAAAAUCACCAUCUGUUAUUUGUUUUGAAUCAAAAAAAAAAAUAAAAAAAAAAAAAAAAAAAAAAAAAAAAAAAUCCGAUGAUCAUUUUAACGUCCUUAAUUUUGAAAACUCCCACUUCUGAAAUUCUUUUUAAUUCUUUCAACAUUACAAUACGGCUUUCUUAUAUUAAAACUGAAUUUUGAAAAGGAAUGAGAGAUCCUACUCACUUUUAAAGAAUGUGUCCUGGAUCUCAAAGAAUUAUUAUAGGACGGCGUUUGGCAGGGUUUCAUCUACAGCUCUAGCUUUAACUAUUGCCCAUAGCUUUUUUUUAAACAAGUGUUGACCAUUUUCAGCAUCACUGGAGCAAAUUGUAGAUGAAUUCCUACUUGGCCUGCUCAGGAAAAACAUUCAACAGAAAGAACUUGAAAUUUCUACAAAUGCCAUAAAGAAGAUGGACGGUUUGGUCAGGUGAGUUGGGCGAGUGUGAUGGUCAGCCAUUUUAGGAAAUUAGACAGAUGAUGAUGUGGAGUUUCUUUCUGUCAGCUCAUGGAGCAGGAAAAACUUAAAUUUCUAGAAAAAUGACAGGCAGCUAGUAAUUAUGGAGGCGCCAUUGUGAAGUUGCAGCAUAGUUCACCUAACAACUAAGAGAAAGCUAUAAUCCAUCUGUGGUCAUCCCAGUUAGUUUGACAGAACGAACAAGUCUUCCAAAUAAGUGAUCUUUUCAAAAAGGGGGAUGGUUAAAAUCGGGGGGGGGGGGGGGGAAACUUGGCUUGGGGUUCAAAAUCGACUACUUACUCAUCUUCAAAGCCCAUAUAAAUAAAGGUAUCAAUGGAGGAAAAUAAGCUUAAAAACUCUGAACUUUACUUUUCAAUCUCUGAAUACUAACUGCCGCUCUGUGGUCCCUCACCAUUUUGACACAUUUUACAGUGGCUUUUAAAAUUCCAGGAUAAGAAAGAUCAUUUAAUUUGAGUGAAGUCUAAAUUACGUGGCUUCAUAUCUCUGAUUAGAAUCUGGGGAAUUAUCGGGGAAUUAUCGGGGAAUUAUCUGAAAAGCAUCUAAAGUAAAACUUUAAAAUUUAUAAUACACCUUAAACCAUGUCCACUUUGUUUAUUAGUAAUGUCUCUCUUCUACUUUCAGCUGUCCUUCCUGUAACUACUCAGGACUAGUGGACAAUGGACAGUAUGAGUUUGUGUGUGGUAAUUACAAUUGCACCAUGGUGAGGGAUCCAGCUUCCAAACGAGUCGCUCUCUUUAAAUAACACACACAAUGAGUGUUGCUAUAUAGUGAAAAGUUGUGUUUUAUUUACAUUCUGGAACCAGUUUAUCUAGUGCGAAUAUUAUGGUUAACUGGUUACAAUAAUAUUUGGAUUAUAUCAAAGGCCAACAACUCAAAUUUAACUGUUUGUUUGAUGGCACUAAUUGUAUUUGAUGAUUCAGCCUAUAGCAAGUACUGUUGUUUUUUUUAUUUGCCCUCAUGACACAUAUACUCAUUUAUGAUUUGCAAAACAUCUGGAUCCAAAGAUGGCAAGUUGUGUAGAUGUAACGGUUAGACGGGUCCAAAGAUGGCAAGUUGUGUAGAUGUAGCAGUUAGACGGGUCCAAAGAUGGCAAGUUGUGUAGAUGUAACAGUUAGAAAGGUCAAAAGAUGGCAAGUUGUGUAGAUGUAACAGUUAGAAAGGUCAAAAGAUGGCAAGUUGUGUAGAUGUAACAGUUAGACGGGUCCAAAGAUGGCAAGUUGUGUAGAUGUAACAGUUAGACAGGUCAAAGAUGGCAGGUUGUGGAGAUGUAACAGUUAGAAAGGUCAAAAGAUGGCAAGUUGUGUAGAUGUAACAGUUAGAAAGGUCAAAAGAUGGCAAGUUGUAUAGAUGUAACAGUUAGACGGGUCCAAAGAUGGCAAGUUGUGUAGAUGUAAAAGUUAGACAGGUCAAAGAUGGCAAGUUGUGUAGAUGUAACAGUUAGACGGGUUAAAGGUGGGAGGUUGGAGAGAUGUAACAGUUAGACGGGUCCAAAGAUGGAAAGUUGGAGAGAUGUAACAGUUAGACCAGUCCGAAGAUGGCAAGUUGUCUAGAUGUAACAGUUAGACCAGUCCGAAGAUGGCAAGUUGUGUAGAUGUAACAGUUAGAAAGGUCCAAAAAUGGCAAGUUGUGUAGAUGUAACAGUUAGACGGGUCCAAAGAUGGCAAGUUGUGUGGAUGUAACAGAUAGACGGGUCCGAAGAUGGCAAGUUGUGUGGUUACACCCAGUUCUAUCUUGUAGAUAUUGCCACCAGAAAUACCCUAUAGGAGCUACUAUAGUAGCUGCCAGCUACUAACUUUUUGUUUUGGUCAGCCUUUCAAGUUUUAUAUCUAAAGCUAACGUGUUGUUUUAUUUCCCAUCAUUUCAAGAGAUGCUGUCGCUACUGCAAGUCUAAAUGGACAAAAAAGCACGACUACGAAAUUUGCUGCCUGCUGAGUUCUGUGGGGACAGAAUGUCUCAAUGACAUCACAGUGCUGCCACUCAACUGGGAGAAUGCAGAUAUUGUCUGCGAUGAUUUUCAGGUGAAUGGCCUUCAUCGGGUGUAACCUGUUAACUGUUAUCUAGUAUUUGUGGUAGAUUCCUGGUGACAUGUACUGAUGAGUGGUAUCGUUUCCAAGACAACAUGGAGUGGUAAUUUAAACGAGCUGCAAUGAUGCCAUACCUGAUUUAAUUGAACAAUGUCCAAGUACCUGCAACACUCAAGCUUUCAUUUUAAAAAACAAAAAAAAAAAGCUAGUCGGGGUAGCAUUUUAAAAAUAUUAAGUUUCUUAAGUGUUAUCGGUAACAAAAUAACUUCCAGAGUGUUUGCUAUUCCGGGUUCAGACUUGCCAAUCUGUACUACGAAGUAACACGUUUGCCAAUAUUUUUCUUUCAACAUUCUAAAAAACAAUUUACUGUUUAGAUUUUAUGGUUAUAAAGUUAUUUGGAUUUUAAAAAGGAUCAUUGUGUCCUUGUCAUUAUUUCCAAAGUAUAAUUCUGUCUAGAAUCACUUAGGAAUAUUAUAUAAAAAAAAUAAUAAUUCGGAAAUUUAAGACUUUUUCUAAACGGUUCAUUGACACAAAUUUUGAAAUAGCCUUGAUACAGCAUAGAGUUAGACGACAUUUCUAUCAUGCUCGUCCAGAUGACAGCCGCUUAAACAUCACUAUCCAGCUGGUAGCUAUUUAAUCAUCCUGAUCCAGUUGGUAGCCAUUUAAUCCUCAUGAUCCAGUUGGUAGCCAUUUAUUCAUCCUGAUCCAGUUGGUAGCCAUUUAAUCAUCCUGAUUCAGUUGGUAGCCAUUUAAUCAUCUUGAUACAGUUGGUAGUCAUUUAAUCAUCCUGAUCCAGUUGGUAGCCAUUUAAUCAUCCUGAUCCAGUUGGUAGCCAUUUAAUAAUUUAGCCAGAAUGAUCAUCUCAUUGAUCGUGGGCCCUCAAAAUAAAGAAGAAGAAGAAUCACCCCGAUCCAGUUGGUAGCCAUUUAAUCAUCCUGAUACAUUUGGUAGCCAUUUAAUCAUCUUGAUUCAGUUGGUAGCCAUUUAAUCAUCCUGAUACAGUUGGUAGCCAUUUAAUCACCCUGAUCCAGUUGAUAGCCAUUUAAUCAUCCUGAUACAGUUGGUAGCCAUUUAAUCAUCCUGAUACAGUUGGUAGCCAUUUAAUCAUCCUGAUCCAGUUGGUAGCCAUUUAAUCGUUUAGCCAGAAUGAUCAGGUCAUUGAUCGUGGGCCCUCAAAAUAAAGAAGAAGAAUCACCCCGAUCCAGUUGGUAGCCAUUUAAUCAUCUUGAUACAUUUGGUAGCCAUUUAAUCAUCUUGAUACAGUUGGUAGCCAUUUAUUCAUCCUGAUACAGUUGGUAGCCAUUUAAUCAUCCUGAUACAGUUGAUAGCCAUUUAAUCAUCCUGAUACAGUUGGUAGCCAUUUAAUCAUCCUGAUACAGUUGGUAGCCAUUUAAGACACCACACUUCUUGAAAUAAAAUAACGCAAUUUUUUUUUCUUCUUUUAUGAUCUUCAUCACUUUUUGCAUCAUAAAAUGCAAUUCAUAAUUAUAAUCAGAUGUUGCAUUAUUUUCCCCAGCCUUGGGAAUUUCCUUUAUUAGUUCUCAGCCUAACCCAUUUUUACUCUGUACAGGUGAAAAUUGAUCCAACCAGCCAUGAAGCAAUACGUUGGAGAACAUAUUUCAAGAAAACCAAUCCUAGAGUAAAAAAUAUAGUUGGAUUGUGGCGAAUCCAGAACAGGAGGCUGUGGGAGAGAUAUGUUUUGUAAGUCCAGGACCCGCCUUGUCAUUGCUGUCAUCCACCCCCCUUGACCAAUGACUUCCUUAUGACAACAGUGGCAUUUAGUUGUAUUUCCUUGUAACAGUAGUUUAAUUAAUCAUGAUGAAACUUAGUGCCAUAUCAGCCCUUAUUACUUAUGAUUUAACACACAAAAAAUUUGUUGAAAAGCUUUGAAAAGCACCUACACACUGUUGACAGAACAAUGUCGAGUACUGUUUCUAUGUAAUCAUUUUUUUUUCCGGUUGUGUUGAUGCUGUUUGCCUAUCUCAUCUUCUGUGUGGAUUAUUAAAACUUUUAAUCAGUUUUGACCUGUUAAAAAAGCGAAUAAUUUUCCUGAAUUUAUUAGCACAUUCAUUUUUAGGAAAGUACAACUUUUUGGCUGAGUACUUAGGUAAUGUAUAUAUGCUGUCGGCGUCAUCAGGUGGCCUCACUCAAAUUUCGGGCUGAGUACUUACGUAAUCUGUUUGCUGUUGGCGUGUUCAGCUGGGCUCAAACAACUGUUUUCUUCAAUUUGUUUAAAUAACUUUCAUUAAAAUAUCAUGACAAAUCUGUGAGCCUGGGUCUCAAUUAAGUGUGUCAUGACACAGUUUCUAAUUAGUUAUCCUAUCACAACGGCUUGAGUUAUUUCCCCUUGACUGACAGAUUUGGAUCAAAAUUCACAUUUCUUAUUUUCUCUCUCUGUGCAGGAAACGAAAGCACAUGGUUGAAGAAUUAGGAAUUGAAAACAUCCAGGAGAAGGCUUUGUUUCACGGCACCAGAUAUGAAAAUAUCAACUUGAUUUGCAAUGAGGGAUUUGACUUCAGAGUGCAAGCUGCAAAUGGAAAUUCCCUGGGCAAAGGUAUUUUUAUGUAACACUUGUAAAUAAAAAUGCCGGAGCAAAGAUUAAAUUUUAACAUGCUUGUUGUUAUGUUGUUAAAACAAUAUUAUAUUAGUAUUAGUGUUUAAAGCUUUCUAUACUUGUUAAACUUCUUUGACAUCGUUCCGGUCUGUCUUUGAUGACGGUAGAGCGUACUCUGACACUGAGUUCCUUCUUAAGAACAAAAUGAUAAACAGAGCCUACCCUGUCAUGGGAGUUAUCCAGAUAUCAGAACAAGGUGUGUUUGCCCUCCUCAAUACCAUUAACCCUUACAAAGCAUGUGAUCCUGACAACAUCAAACCACGAGUGCUCAAAGAAUUAGCAAAAGAAAUCGACCCUGCACUGACAAUCCUCUUCCAAUCGUCACUGCGCACAGGAAAUGUUCCAGCAGACUGGAGAACAGCACAUGUCACUCCUAUCUACAAGAAAGGGGAGCAUUCCGACCCUGCCAGCUAUCGUCCGAUAUCCCUCACCAGCGUCGUCUGCAAACUGUUGGAGCACAUAAUCGUAAGCACAGUCAUGAAGCAUCUGGAAAGCCAAAAUAUACUCAAUAACUGUCAACAUGGCUUUUGAGUCAAUAGAUCAUGUGACACCCAGCUUCUUGAAUUUGUAGAAUAUCUGAUGACCAAUCUGGAGAACCACAAGCAGACUGACGUGCUGGUAAUGGACUUCGCAAAGGCAUUUGACCGUGUGAAUCAUAGUUUGCUUCUACACAAACUCCAGAGAUAUGGGAUCCAAGGCACCACUAAAUCAUGGAUCUCUAGCUUCCUCAGUCAUCGAUGCCAAGCAGUAGUGGUGGACGGUACAAGCUCCUCCUUUGUCAAUGUGUAGUCAGGGGUCCACCAGGGAUCAGUGCUGGGCCCCUGUUUGUUCCUAGCAUACAUUAAGAUAAGAUAAGAUUCUUUUAUUUGAUCCAAAUAAAUAAAAAUGUUUUUUUUUAUUGCAUUAUACAUUUUCAGCACAAAAAUAAAACAAUUUGAACACAAGACAUUUAUAAUAAAUUAUUUCAAACAGCCAUUCAGUGAGUUCUCUUAGCAAAAUCGGGGACUUAUUAAUUCUCAUUCAGAUGUGUGACUUCAGAGGAAGCAUGCCUGUAAAUUCGUACAGAUUGGGGAACAAAAGAAUUUUUAUAUCGGUCAGUCCUCGCCCUGAUGGAAAGAAUUCGUCCUGAACAGCCCGAUCCUAAGUAUCUAGGAUGAAGAGGGUGGGAUGUAUCAUCCAAAAUGUGUUUAGUUUUUCAAAAACAUCUUUCUUCAAAUAGUUCUUCAAGUGAUGGAUGUUUAAUUUGUGUUAUGUUUCUAGCUUUCUUGAUUAGUCUGUUUAUAGUUUAUACGGUGUUUAAUAUCAGACGUUGAAUUCCCACACCAGCAGGUAAUACUGAAAUUAAGGAGGCUUCCAAUAGUUGCACGGCAGAAUAAGUUAACGACUUGCUUGUUUACGCCAAAAUUGUACAGUUUAUUGAGGUAGAACAGUCUUUGGUUGAAUUUCUUAUACAGGAUUUGGCCGUGCUCAUGCCAUGUUAGCUUAUUAUAAAUGGUGACACCUACCCGAGAAACUGACAUCACAACCAAGGCUGUUCGCAGAUGACACAGCGGUGUAUAGGAUGAUCGCCAACAGAUCUGACCAGGACCAGCUACAACAUGAUUCAAUCUGUUAGCUGAGUGGGAGAUGAGCUGGGACAUGGAAUUUCACCCUGCCAAGUGCCAGACACUAUCAGUCUCUAGAAGUUGUACUCCUCUACACUACCAAUACAAACUGCACGGCCAUAUACUUGAGCAAGUUUCCUCCGUAAAGUACCUGGGUGUUACCAUUCAAAGAGAGGUCCGCUGGGACGAGCAUAUUAACCAUGUAUGUAACCAAGCAAACAAGACCCUAGGGUUCUUAAGGCAAAAUCUAAAGAUUGGCAAUUCCAGCGUGAAAGAAAGAGCCUAUAAAUCUGUUGUCCGGCCGCUUUUAGAUUAUGCCUCUUCAGUCUGGGACCCAUUUACCCAGAAGAGCAUCGACAGGUUGGAGGCGGUCCAGAGACGAGCAGCACGCUUUGUCCUAAACCGCUACAGGAAUACCUCUUAGUGUUGGCAGCAUGCUGGAAAGACUAGGCUGGUCACCACUGGAGGUACGACGACGACAAUCCAGGCUCUCCAUGAUGUACAAGAUAAAUAAUGGGCUGGUCCACUGUUCCAGUAUUAAACAGAAACUCGCCCUUCUCCCCCAAAGACAGCGACGAGGCCAUGACAGGCAAUUCAGGCUCAUACCAGCAAGAAGCCAGUUUGGGAGCUGCUCAUUCCUGCCCAAGACAAUCAGGGACUGGAACAAGCUUUCAAAAGGAACGGUUGAGGCGGCAACACUAGACACAUUUGUGUCUAUUACCUCAAGCCUUCAAACCCCUAGUGCAUGAUUUCUUCACAAAAAGGCACUGAAAAUCAGUGAAAUAUCCUCAUCAACACAAGGCACAGAAACACUGCAAAUCCCAUCUACAUGCAUAGGAGCCAAAAUGAUCAAUAAAUUGAUCGUGGGCCCUUAAGAUAUAGAAGAAGAAGAAGAACUGUCCAAGCUUUUAAAAGCACUCUGGAAGUUAGACAUACAUUUUAAGAUUGACAGUACACCUAUGGACAUAGAUUUUGUAAUUAAAUUAAUAUUUAUUUUAAAUAACUGCUAAAGAAUUAUUUUUUUUUAAAGUGUGAAUAAAAAUCCAUUUUUUUUCAGUAGCAUACCAUAGUUUGGCUUAUUUAUUUUAGCAGACAUUUUUGCUCUCAAAGUUUUAAAAAUAUCCAAAACAAUGUUUGCAAAAUAUUAAGUAUCGCAAAGUAAAAUUCCUAUUUUAAUGAGUAUUAACGAAAAUACGGCAACCUAUUUGAUUCAGUAAAUGAUGAACUAAACAGAAUGUAGAUUUUAUUUUGAAGAUGCCACCCAUUUAUGUCCCUAGGUAUUUACUUCAGCCAGUCGGCAGCCUACUCACAGACAUACGCCUGUCCCAGAAAGCAUAUGUUCAUUGCCAGAGUCCUGUGUGGUCAGUGGAUUGACGGAAAUCAAUCCCUGACACGGCCCCCUCACAACCCCUCGGGGCGGAUGUUCGACAGCUGCGUGGACAACAUUGAGUCACCAACAAUGUACACGGUCUUUGAUAACACCCAAUGCUACCCAGAAAUUUUGCUUCAAUUUAGUUAAUUUAACAUUUUCUUUUCAUUUUUUAACAUGUUUUGAAGUGGUUACUUCACGUCAAUUUUUGGUCAGCA